AUGGCUGAAGUGAAAGAUGAGAAUGGAAGAAAAGAAAGGUUUUAUCUUUUCUAUGAUGGAGAAAGCGUGACAGGAAAAGUUAAUAUUACACUACACAGAAAGACCGGAAGAUUGGAGCAUCAGGGUAUAAAGAUUGAGUUUAUUGGUCUCAUAGAACUUUAUUAUGAUCGAGGAAAUCAUCAUGAGUUCCUUUCAUUGUCCAAAGAAUUGGCGCGGCCCGGUGACCUGACACAGAACGCGAGCUUUGACUUUGAAUUCAACCAAGUUGAGAAACCUUUUGAAACCUAUGCAGGAGUAAACGUGAGACUAAGGUAA